AUUCACUGGACCGUUCGGACAGAGAGACACCAGCAGAGUCCAGCAGCUCAAAUCUCUGCAAACCCUCCAGCUUAAAAGGUACAUCCUUCCAUCCAUCCAUUUUCUAUAGCCGCUCAAUCCUGUAGAGAGUCUCGGGGUCUGCUGGAGCCUAUCCCAACUAGUUACAGGUGAGAAGCAGCCAGCAUGCUGCUCCAUCCCCUCUCCCUGUCCCUCACCUGCGUCCUGGCCGCCGGGGCGGUCGUGAUGUGCGUUACCAUGACAACGCCGCUGCACAGCUUCAAAGGCUGCGCGGUGCGCGAGUUCUCGUUCGUGGCCCAGAAGCCCGGCUGCAAGAGACUCCACAUCAGCACCGAGGCCUGCUGGGGGCGCUGUCACACCUGGGAGAGGCCCAUCCCGGAGCCCCCCUACAUCCACAGACACCACCGCGUGUGCACCUACAGCCGGACCCGCCACAUGACCGCCCGGCUGCCGGGCUGCCAGCCCGGCGUGUCCCCCCUCUACCACUAUCCCAUGGCCCUGCACUGCCACUGCAGCAUCUGCUCCACGCAGGACACCGAAUGCGAAUCCUUCUGACGGACAGACGGACGGGAAAAACAACCCUUUCACUGAUGCGGAUGACUAGAACUCUGAUAGGAUUAAAAUAGGAGGGCUGUAGACUGAAAAUCAUAUACUUAUACAUGUCUGUAUCUACGUAGUUAAACCAACAGCCCACAUGUUAGAUUCAUGUUAUACUUUCUCCUGAUGUUAAGAAUAGUGCAGAGGUAGACACUGUUGGAUGUAAAAAAGAAGACGACAUACAAAUGACCUGCUAAACUCUUGACAAGUUGCUGUUGCAUGUAUUCAGUUUGU